AUGUUGCCAAUACAUAUCGAUAUAGACAAGUAUGAUUGGGACACAAGUACAGGCCCAGCCUCAUCAUUAUCAGUCACCUUGACUAUCACCUUUCCAGAAGAGUGGCGCGAUCCAAGUCUAAGGAACGCAGAUUUUGGAAAUCCUGCUCGACCAGGGACAGUUGAGGAAAAGACAGCGAUAGUAGAUCGUCGUACAUCGGGCAACGUUUUCCAAUAUAUUAUAACCCGGCGAGAGGCAUCUCAAAGUGAGGAAAGUUUUCACAGCCCGUCUGGAAUUACGAUAGUACGACAUCUCCUUCUAAAGCCUGGACAUGAUCUGGAAAUGAAAUUUACGUCUGGAGUCUUCGAAGUAUUCUUUAGCAUGACACCGAAGAAAUAUCUGAACUUCAUGGCGUUUCCGGGAGAGAUUCGCAAUAUGAUUUACGAGCUGUUACUGCGAGCCGACGAACCUAUUGAAAUUGUAUCUCCAAGAGGACCUGGAAAGCGCCGCAAGAGACUGGGGAAGCAUUUCGCUAGUCUCAUGUCGGUGUGCCGAGAUAUUGGAGCCGAGGCCAGGACGACAUUUUAUGGUUGUAAUAAGUGGGUAGUUGGGAAUGGUCCCUGGGGAAGUCAACAGGAUGUCAAUCGGCAUGCACUCAAAGCCUUCCUAGCAAGAGUUCCGCACCAUGCCAUCGCUUUGAUCACACAUUUGGAAAUCGGUAUUUUCUUCAGCCACGGCUAUCUGGGUGGAGACCAUAACCAUAUCAUGACGACAAAGGACGCAAAAGACCUUGAAGGGUUGAUUUCUUCCAUAUUGAAGUAUUUCACGGGUGUCGAGUCGAUUUUCGUUGAGCGAGACGGAAAACUCUUCGACUACGAAUCCAGAAAAAAAGCACCACUGAUAACAGGCCCAGUGGAGGCGAUGACGAGGCUUUUCGAGUUGCCAAAGUUGAAGAGGAUCCGCUUCUUGGAGGACAUGGGGGAGACGAUCUUCCGAGGCGUGAAAGAUGAUAUGUUUGGGGGCACGGAGGGCGAAAAAGCCAGAGAGAGAGGCAUCAAGGUGAAGGUUGUGAAGGAGACCUUGCCGGAGGCCGUAAAGACCUAA